AUGGCCACUCCAGCGACACAGUCAUUGAAGGUGCGCCUCGUCUGUCCAAGCCAUCAACGCGGGUACAUCAUGCUGAUGGAGCUGUAUACAGUGCGUGGUAACAGGUGACGGUGCUGUCGGAAAGGUGAAUCCAACCACAAUGCGCCCCGAGGAGCAUUGGCUGAUGAAGAAUAGACAUGUCUCCUCAUAUCCUACACCACAAACGCCUUUCCCGGCGAGUACAUUCCUACCGUGUAAGCUAUGCGCAUCUCGGAGCCUCAGCAGCUUGCUUGGACUGACAGCAUCCAAGUUUCGAUAACUACUCAGCGAGUGUCAUGGUCGACAACAAGCCCAUAAGUUUAGGACUCUGGGAUACCGCCGGUCAGGAAGAUUACGAUAGGCUGAGGCCACUCUCAUACCCACAGACCGACGUCUUCCUCAUAUGCUUCUCCAUCGUCAGCCCUUCAUCCUUCGACAACGUCAAGGCCAAAGUGCGACCACUCUCCGCCUCAAUCACAGAAACGUGUCUUGCUGACCAGCAGUAGUGGUAUCCCGAAAUCGAGCAUCACGCACCCGGCGUACCCAUCAUUCUCGUAGGUACCAAGCUCGACCUGAGAGACGACCCAGAAGUCCGCGAACAGCUGCGACAACGGAAAAUGGCGCCCAUUCAGUAUGAGCAGGCCGUACAAGUGGCCAAGGAGAUCAAAGCAGUGAAGUACAUGGAAUGUUCCGCGCUCACGCAGCGCAACUUGAAGAGCGUGUUCGACGAGGCUAUCAAGUAUGGGCGCAGACAUCAUUAGCAGUUUCAUAUGGCACAGGAUACUGACAAUCGGAUACAGAGCCGUCAUCAGCCCGCGACCGCCCGUCAAGACGAAGAAGACAAAGUGCACAGUCCUAUGA